AUGCUUCCGGCACUUCUUGGCUUUCCAUUGAAUGAGAGGUUUGGGGAAUUGCAAUCUCCCGGUUUUCCAAGUGCAUAUGGAGAUAAUAUCUACCAGACCUGGAACAUCUCUGUCCCCAGUGGAUUUGUGAUAAAACUGUAUUUCUCACACUUCAACCUUGAACCAUCUUAUCGCUGUGAAUAUGACCACAUUAAGAUCCUGACAGAUGGAAAACAGUUGGCCAAGCUGUGUGGCGAGACUAGCACAGAUACAGAAGAGGUUCCCGGUGACAAACGAUUCUACUCCACAGGGAACAACAUGACAGUGAUAUUCAGAACUGAUUACUCAAACGAGAAGAAUUACACCGGAUUUGCUGCACAUUAUGCAGCCGUAGACAUUGACGAGUGUGAUCAGACAGCUUUUGAAGAACCAUCCUGUGACCAUUACUGCCAUAACUAUCUGGGAGGGUACUACUGCUCCUGUAAGCCAGGUUACUUCCUAGACUCAGAUAACAAGAUCUGCAGAGUCAUCCGCAAAGUGUAA